CGCCGCCGCGACUCGUGUUCGCGCGCUUCCGGGAGUCGCCGCAGUGUCAGUCGCGUGCUUGAAAUAUUAAGAGAGAGAGUUCGGGUUGUUGCGCGGUUCGGUGCGUUUCCGCCGCGCGCGCGCCGCCCUCUGACACACACUGUGUCUGUCUGCAGAAUCGAGAGAAUGGCUUCCCUGUUCAAGAAGAAGACGGUAGACGAUAUCAUAAAGGAGCAGAACAAAGAGCUGAGAAGCACACAGAGACAGAUCACGAGGGAUCGAGCCAUGCUGGAGAAACAGGAGAAGCAAAUGGAGCUGGAGAUCAAGAAAAUGGCCAAGACGGGAAAUAGGGAAGCCUGCAAGAUCCUGGCCAAGCAGCUGGUCCAGCUCAGGAAGCAGAAGAACCGUACCUAUGCCGUCAGCUCCAAGGUCACGUCCAUGUCUACGCAGACAAAGGUGAUGAACUCUCAGAUGAAGAUGGCAGGAGCCAUGUCUUCCACGGCCAAAACCAUGCAGGCGGUCAAUAAGAAGAUGGACCCGCAGAAGACCUUGCAGACGAUGCAGGAGUUCCAGAAGGAGAACUUUCGGAUGGAGAUGACGGAGGAAUUGAUCAACAACACCUUGGAUGAGAUCUUCGAUGAAUCCGGCGAUGAGGAGGAGUCUCAGGACAUCGUGAACCAGGUGCUGGAUGAGAUCGGCAUUGAGAUUUCAGGAAAGAUGGCAAGUGCACCCUCUGCUGGAAGCGGCCUGCCUGCCGCCUCCACAUCCAGAGCUCGGCCCAUCUCAGAUGAGGAAAUCGAGAGACAGCUCAAAGCCCUCGGGGUGGACUAACCCUCGCGGGCCUGGACUGAAACACACGCACCCGUACUCACCCGCAAAAUAAGCAUGACGCAGGACACGCAGAUGCGAUCUUUUGUUUUCUGGGAACACUGUGGUCUUUCCUAGGGAAAGUCGUCCUUGUUCUUACCCCCUUGGAUGAUCGUGUCCUCUCUGCCUGUCCGCAUGUUAUCGAAGGAGCUGAUAAAUUCAGAGUGAUGCCAUACCCCACAGGCAGAGAAGAGGAGAAAGUGUUUAGAGGAAUCUGCAUUUUCAGAAGGGUUUGUUUAACAUGUAUAGUUUACAGUUUUGUACAACUUCAUUUAUUUAAAAAGUUUGUUGAGGCUAAGAAAACAUAAGGCUACACUUGGCCUCGAAAAAGGUCUUUUGUUUGGCACAGUGCGGUAUAACGGCUUUGAAUCUGUUUACUCUUUUACACGGGCCACAUGUCUGGUCCAGCUGGACAGAAGACAUCCAGUCUUGGCAGUUAUCAGUAUUUCACUGUUACGUACUCUUUGAAUACUGAGCGUGAUAAAAUAUAGUGCUCAGAAGAAGACAUUAUUUGCAAAGGGAAAAUGUAAAAUGGCUCUUGCAUGAAACAUCAGAACACGAAUGGCUUCAUGCUUAGCUGCAUGCAGUUCACUUUAAUAUGCAUUGCGUACAAGUCACUCCUCUCGAUUACCCUUUCGGGUCGAAAGUAAUAUUUCUGACUAUUAAAUUAAAUUGAAAGUAAUUACAGGAUACUGAUGCAUGAUAGUACUAAUCAUCAUGAACAUGAUUUAUUAAUUUUUCUUUGACACAGACAAAUGAAUAAUGUUCUCAUCCCAUUAUAAAUGUGGCUUCAAACCUGUCCCAUCCUGUUCUGUUAUGUGACCUUCGGGGUGUAACCCUCAGGCUAGAUAUAUGUGGAUUUGCACAACUUGUUUUCAUGUGUUGCUUUUUAACCUUGUGGGCUUAAAAAUCUUCUACUGUAUAACAAGAUGUGGAAAAAUCUGAUUUUUUUUUUUCUAACAGAAAUAAAGGAGAUUUUAUUAAUUGCAUUUAUUUCUCAUUCAGAAAGCGGUGGCACAUAUGAGUUUUAAAGUUUUUGUAAUGGUUCCGUUUAUUACAUUUUGUGUAUUUGCAGUUUACUUUUUUCACUCUGGAUAGGCAUUUGUCUUCAUUUUAAUAACCAUGAAUGUCCAAGCAGAGAUAAUACACUAACGCACGCAUGCGUAUAUAU